CGACGUUGUAGUGGGGAAGGGGCAGACGUACGUCAUGACGCCCCCGUGACGUAGCACGCAGCUCACGCCUGAAAGCGGAAGUCACUGACAAUAAAGUGACAAGUGUGAGGUGUGGUGUCGGGACUUGUUUUCAGGUUACGCUCUUCACUACUGUGCAACAUGGCGAACGGACGCAUAGAGAUCCACGACCCUUUCGCCAACCAGAACGACCUCGGGGCUCCCACCUCGGGAGAAGACGGCCUCCAAAACACGCAGGAGUUCAGGCUCCUGAUGGCGUACACCAAGAGAAGACGGUGUCAAAUAAAUACCCACCGGCUGCUCGUCGAGCAGUUACCGAGCGACUCGCCCGCCAAGAGCAACGAAGAAACGCCGACGAAGACCAAAAAGAGGAAGAAAUGGAAACGACUGCCGAGAAUUUUGAUGUGUAUCAAACCCGAGACGGACAAACGGAGCAAAAUGCCAGAAAUGGAUAUUGUCGAGAGAGGUUUUCGAAGGGAGUCUCCGGUGGAUUUGGACAAGGAGGAGGAAACUGAGGACGUGGACGAGGUGGCGAUCAAGCUGACGGAAAUCGUCGACGACAUCCCUUUCGCACCCCCGGAACUGGAAACCGAUUCUCCCGACGACGAGGACACCAACAUGGAGAAGCUGGUCGGUCUCCUGUUGAGGGAACACGGCGACCGAUUUGACGAGCAGGUGACGAGGGAUCUGAAGGAAACACUGAGCUCCACUCGGGAUUCCUGGAACUACAGUUUCUACGAGAGGUUGAUGAAGACCAUGUUGAAGAGGAUGGGCCUCUUCAACGCCGACCCCGAAGGACCCGGCCCGCAAACGUCGCCCAAGACUCAAAUGGCGGUCGCGUGCGAGGUGACGAGUCGCCUGUCUGCCGUCGACACACUCCCCGCGAACCGCCUGCUGGGCUACGGCGCCACCUACCUGCACAAUCACUUCUCGUCCUGGGCCGAGCAGCAAGGCGGUUAUGAGGCGGCCUUUGAUGAUGAAGACGAUGACGACCACGACGUCCAGUGACGACCGCCGGGUUUCACAAGUGCAGCGUUAGCUCGGAUUGUUUUUCACCGAUUCUUUUCGGUGGGAAUUUGUCUCGACUUAAAGUCACAUCUAAUGUACACGGCUCUCAAUUUUUUUGUGUUUUUGUGUGUCGUGUAUGUUUUGUGGCGUGCAGAUCAUGAAAUGGAAAGAAAUCCUUUCUGCAAAAAAGAUUCUAUUUUCAUAGGAAAAGUGUGAGAGUAAAUGUGCACUAAGCAA